AACCACUUGCUGCAAAGAGGAAUACGAUUCAGCUUAGCUCAGCUCCACCACCACCAAGAACAAGAUCUCGACGAAGCAGCCAGACGACAGGCAGGUAGCACCGGGGUCAACGCGGCAGACAAACAGGCUCUCCCGCUCGUCAGCUAGCAGCCAUGAGUACCAUGAAGUUUUGCCGUGAAUGCAACAACAUCCUGUACCCCAAGGAGGACCGGGAGCAGAAGGUGCUCCUCUACGCCUGCCGGAACUGCGACCACCAGGAGGUCGCGGACAACAACUGCGUGUACCGGAACGUGGUGCACCACAGCGCCGGGGAGUUCACCCAGGUGCUCCAGGACGUGGCCGGCGACCCCACGCUGCCCCGCACCAAGUCCGUGCGUUGCUCCUCCUGCGGCCACGGCGAGGCCGUCUUCUUCCAGGCCACUGCGAGAGGGGAGGAAGGGAUGACGCUCUUCUUCGUCUGCUGCAACCCGAGCUGCGGCAACCGUUGGAGAGAAUAAUGGACGGUUCCUCUGGCGCAACAGCCAGGACGACAUGAUUUUUUUUGCAAGAUUUUCAUCCGACAGACCUGCUGCUCCCCCCCAUAUGAGCAUGUCAACUGAUUGGAUUGGAUUGGAUUGGAUUGUACUACUAUGUUCCCAGUGCGUUCAGACAUUUCAAUAACUUGCCGGCAGGGUAAACUUCCCUGUGGCCUGUGCUUCA